AUGAUCUACUAUGACAUUAGUGUCAAAAUCCCACUGUUUCAAGUCGAAACCUGUAUUCCAUGGUCACAGAGUCCUUCGCAACAAAUCGACCUGGCUUUCAACAUAUUCUUCCUUGUAUAUUUCUUCAUCCGGUUUAUCGCCGCGACAGACAAGGUGUGGUUUCUUCUUGAAGUGUACAGUUUUAUCGACUAUUUCACCAUUCCUCCUUCUUUUGUAUCGAUAUACCUGGAGCGAAGCUGGCUUGGACUGAGGUUCUUACGCGCGCUUCGUCUGAUGACGUUGCCCGACAUUCUGCAAUACCUGAACAUCCUGAAGACCAGUAACUCAAUUCGACUUGCUCAGCUGGUGAGCAUCUUUGUGUCCGUGUCGCUUACAGGAGCUGGGUUCAUUCACCUGUUAGAAAACAGUGGUGAUCCAUUUCUGAAUUUCCAAAACCCUCAGCGAAUAACGUAUUGGGAAUGUGUAUAUUUACUUGUUGUAACAAUGGGUACUGUAGGAUAUGGCGACAUAUGUUGUAAAACAACUCUUGGCAGGCUGUUUAUGGUAUUUUUCAUUCUCGGCGGUUUGGCGAUGUUUGCCAGCUACGUGCCGGAAAUCGCUGACCUCAUCGGCUCACGGCAGAAGUACGGCGGAGAGUACAAGGCCGAAAACGGAAAAAAGCACAUCGUUGUGUGCGGUUACAUCACUUACGAAUCAGUCAGCCACUUCCUACAGGACUUCCUGCACGAGGACCGAGACGACGUGGACGUCGAGGUGAUAUUCCUACACAGAGUUCCCCCUGAUCUCGAACUGGAGGGCUUGUUCAAGCGCCAUUUCACAAAGGUAGAGUUCUACCAGGGUACGGUUAUGGAUUCGAUCGAUCUGUCGCGUGCCAAGGUGCAUCGGGCGGACGCUUGUCUCAUCCUCGCUAACAAGUAUUCGCCCGACCCGGACGCUGAGGACGCCGCCAACAUCAUGAGGGUCAUUUCGCUGAAGAACUAUUCGGCCGACAUUCGGGUCAUUGUACAGCUAAUGCAGUAUCACAACAAGGCUUACUUGCUGAACAUACCGAGUUGGGACUGGAAGCGAGGUGACGACGUGGUUUGCCUUGCGGAGCUGAAACUUGGAAUCAUUGCUCAAAGUUGUGUAGCGCAUGGAUUUUCGACGAUGAUGGCAAAUCUGUUCGCGAUGAGGUCUUUCAAGUCUAUGCAGAAUAUGCCCCGCUGGCUGAACGACUAUCUGCGCGGUGCAGGUAUGGAAAUCUACACAGAGACUUUGUCCGUCAGCUUUGUUGGGAUGUCAUUUCCAGAAGCUGCUGAGCUGAUCUUUACUAAACUCGGUUUGCUGUUGUUGGCCAUAGAGUUGAAGGACGAAGAUCGCCUGGAAUGUCACAUCGCGAUCAACCCCGAAGCUAACAUCGUCGUCAGACACAACACUCAAGGAUUCUUCAUAGCCCAGUCGGCUGACGAAGUCAAAAGAGCUUUUUACUACUGCCGAAAAUGUCAUGAAGACGUCACGGAUUUGGCGCUGAUCAGAAAGUGCAAGUGCAAAAACCGUACGAAUUUUAUAUUUAAACAGGAAUUAAGGAAGCAGGGUUCCGGAAAACAACUUUUGCUCGAAGUCGCAGAGAAUGAACUUUGGAAAGCGCAAGAACCUAAAGAGAUGAAAUACGAUUCGACAGGUAUGUUCCACUGGUGCGAGGACAGACGCCAAGCAUCCAUGACCCUGUUGAACAACCACGUUGUCGUGUGUUUAUUUGCUGACCAGAACAGCCCGCUGAUCGGAUUAAGGAAUUUCGUCAUGGCUUUAAGAGCAUCCAACUAUCAUUAUCACGAGCUGAAGCACGUUGUCAUAGUCGGUGACGUGGAGUACCUGAAGAGAGAAUGGAAGAUGAUACACAACUUGCCAAAGAUAUCAAUCCUCAACGGUAAUCCUCUGAGCCGUGCUGAUUUGAGAGCUGUGAAUAUCAACGUGGCAGAUAUGUGCGUUAUCAUCUCUGCUCGAAUACCGAACCCAAACGAGGACCCGACAUUGGCAGACAAGGAGGCCAUCCUGGCAUCGCUCAACAUAAAAGCGAUGCAGUUUACGGAGGCGGAGGGUAUUCAGCCGUUUCCGUUGAGAUGCAAACUGUCGCCACCGCCUACCCCAUUAGCAUACCGUCCGAACGGUGCAAAGUUGGGAACCGAGAUUCCCAUGCUCACCGAACUUGUGAACGAUUCGAACGUACAAUUUCUCGACCAAGACGAUGACGAUGACCCAAACACCGAACUGUACCUGACGCAACCAUUCGCUUGCGGAACCGCUUUCGCUAUCAGCGUCCUCGACUCGCUGAUGAGUACGGUAUGCGCUGUUGCAUGCAUCGAGGCCUACCAGGCUAACAGUGAAACUAAUGUAGUGCGAGACCGGUGCAAAAUCGCGCAGCACGGUGGACACACAUACGGCAACUUGUUCUCAAAAGCGCUCAAGGAUAAACACAUGCUGUGCAUUGGUCUUUACCGCCUCCAGGACCCGCUUUCACCGAAAUGCAUCAAGCGGUACGUCAUCACUAGUCCCCCUGCCGACAUGCUGCUUGAGUCUACAGACCUAGUCUUCGUCCUCGAACCCUUCGACCGUGGUCUGCCGUACGAGCCAAUAGAAAGAAGAAACUCCAAAAGCUAG